UUUUAGGUGGGAGAUGAUGUAAGGUGCUGACCCUCUUGUGCAACUUUCAAUUUUACAGAUGGAGAUUAACUGCUUAACGCUAAAAGACCUGAUCAGCUCUAGACAUGGAAAAAGGGAUUUUAUAGAUGAAGAUGGGGAAAGCGCACAAAAGGAAAACAUAUUUGAUCGACCCAGAAUGACCCCAAAGACUCCCAUGAAAAACGAACCCAUUGAUUUGUCAAAGCAAAAAACCUGUACCCCCGAGAGAAGUCCAAUUACACCUGUUAAGCUGACGGAUAGGCCCCUGGCAGAUCCAUGGACCCCGACAGCUAACCUAAAGAUGCUUAUUAGUGCUGCUAGCCCUGACAUGCGGGACAGAGAAAAGAAGAAGGAGCUCUUCAGGCCAAUUGAGAACAAUGAAUUUAAUGACGCUUUUCCCGAUUCCUUGCAGUGUGGUACCGUAGAUGAUGGAGCAGUGGAUGAAUAUGAAAAGCAGAGACCCAGCAGAAAGCAGAAAAGCUUAGGGCUGCUGUGCCAAAAGUUCUUGGCCCGCUACCCCAGUUAUCCUUUAUCAGCAGAAAAAACAACAAUUUCUUUGGACGAAGUGGCUUCUAGUCUUGGAGUUGAGCGUAGACGAAUUUAUGACAUAGUGAAUGUCUUGGAGUCUCUUGAUCUCGUUAGCCGAGUGGCUAAGAAUCAGUACUGUUGGCACGGUCGUCACAGCUUGAGUCAAACGCUCAGAAACCUCCAGGAAAUAGGAGAGCUGCAGAAAUAUGAAGAACUUAUGGCUUCUUUCCAGCAUAAAGAGCUAGACCUUUACUGUAAAUUUGGAGAACACAAAAAAGAGACCUUUCUAGAUUUCCAAGACCGGCAAUUGCUUGACUUCUCAGAGACAGAUUGUCCAUCUGCGUCUGCAAACAGCAGAAAGGACAAGUCGUUGAGGAUUAUGAGCCAAAAAUUUGUCAUGCUGUUCCUCGUCUCCAAGACCAAGAUAGUUACUCUCGACAUAGCAGCAAAAAUAUUGAUAGAAGAAAGCCAGGAUACAGCAGAUCACAGCAAGUUUAAAACAAAGGUACGGCGAUUGUACGAUAUUGCCAACGUCCUGACAAGCCUUGGGCUCAUUGAGAAAGUGCAUGUAACAGAGGAAAGGGGUCGUAAGCCAGCCUUCAAAUGGAUUGGGCCGGCGGAGUUCACUGGAGACAAUGGUGGCAUAAAGAUGGAGAUUCCAGCCUGUGCUGCUUUGACGAAAGCGAAAGGGGCGGCCCGCGUCUCCCAUCAAGCCUGUGCCAGUAGGAAAGAGCGGCUCUCGCGACACGCUUCUUUUGGCGCAGCUCAGCCUUCCGAAGUGGCCAAGAGGAAGGCCAGCUCAGAACCCAGCAGCCCACGCAGGGGGAAACAAGAUGACUGCUGCUCCAAAAUGAUAAAUCUAGCAUCUGUUUGCUGCCAGAAGAUGGAAGAUGACACACGCAAAGGUCUUGAAGCGGCAGGAAACCUGGGCAUCGUUUCCCCUUUCUCUGUUCUCCCUGGAGACUCAGACUGUUGUCUUAACACCUUCCCUCCCCUCUCCUCAAAUGCAAGCUCAGACACGUCACAGCCGUCUCUGCCAAAUGGGAUCAAUGACCAAGGUCUGCCAUUAUUGGCUUCCAAGUCAGAGGCUGGCAAAACCACCGUGCUCUCCAACCAACCUUUUGUUUACUUGCCAUCUCCCUCUCUGUACAUGCUGUGUGGCAGUCUUCCUGAGAGUCUCUCGAGGGGAAGUCCUCCAGAAAAGGGAAAUUGGGACCUCAAGGGCCAGACGUCACCCUGCCCAUCAGAAGGGGCCGAGUCUCCAGAUAAAUGUCAGAAGCGGAGUUCCCAGUGGCAUGUUCCUCCCACAGAAGAGGAACCGACAGCAAAAAGGCAGAGUCUGGAGCAGAGCGACGGUCCCAUUUCACUGGUGGUAUCUAAGAAGAAUGCUAAGCCAACAGAUGCAGAAUCUUCCUCGGAUCGUAACUGCAGUCCCAUUGACCAACUUCAGUUUGAAGCAGGGGUGCCUGCUGCUAUAGAAGCUGCUAAAUCUUUGGAAACUCGGGAGCAAGAAAAGCCAUUUAGGAAUAAGUGUUCGAAAGAAAAUGCAAAGGAAAAUGAACAGGCCUCUCAAGAAAAUGGCAAUCAGUCCUUCUUGCCACAGUAUCUUUAUGUGCAGCCUGCAGCUGGAUUGAAUGGCUUUAAUUUCCUGUUUCCUGCCAGCCAAGCUCCUGGUCCCGUCAACCUGCCUUCGAGCCGUUUCCCUUCGCUUAACGUUCCCUGUAUGAUGGUUCCAUCUACAGCCUUGGCACCGUUCCCUCUCAUCUAUUCCCCGGCAGUCACAAGCCAACUUUCUUCUGCUCCUGCCGGCUCCUUCCCAAAUGUCACGUGCAUGAAUUUCAGUAUGCCUGGCCUGUCACCUACAACACCUGUUUUCAUUGGGACCCCAGCAGCAGUAGUCGCUCCAAAUUCAUCACAGCUACCAACGCUGGAGCCGCACCAGCAGAUCCAGCCAGCUGUACACCUGAGUCCUGUCCUCGGGUCUGCCUGCAGCUCCAUUAAAGCAGACUCGCCGGUUUGCAUGGGGCACCCAGUCACCCUCCUGAAAUUCCAGCAGUCUUCUGCAGCCCCGCUGACUCCUAAGAACAUGCGUUCCACACCCCAAGAAGUGUUUUUCAAGACCCCUGGCAGCCUUGAAGACCCUGUGGCGUGGCGGAAAAGCGAAGGCAACCAGAGCAGAAUGGCAAGCUCUGUUCAAAGAAGAUUAGAGAUCUCCAGCAACAGCUGUGACUAAUCCCACUCACAGCAGAGGUGUGGGCAGCCUAGGAUGCAGAGCC